CCCGGUAGGUGUCGCUCUGGCGUUCUGGUGUGAUAUGGCGCUGCUGCUGCGCUGUCUCCACUCACUGAACCCGGCCGCCAUUUUGAAAUCCAAAUCGCUCACACUACACCCGCUCUAUAAACUGGAACUAUGCCGCGGGGCCGGCCACGAAAACAAAGGAAUAAAGAUGACAACGAAACCGAUGGAGGUCAAGGAAGCCGGAUCAGAGAACCAGAAGCCUGCAGAGAACAAAUGUAAUAUUUGCUCCCAGAAUUUCCCCAGCGAGAGUCAACUUCAGAGACACCUGCGAGAGCAUGAGGUCAACGAUAAGCCGUAUCGCUGUGACCAGUGUCCGGUGUCCUUCAAUGUGGAGUACAAUCUUGGCCUUCAUAAAUCCACUCACACCACCAGCGAGCCCAAAUGCCCCGUGUGCCAUAAGAAGUUCUCAAGAGUGGCCAGUCUGAAGGCUCAUGUCAUGAUCCACGAGAAAGAAGAGAACUUCCUGUGCUCUGAGUGUGGAGACGAGUUCAUCCUGCAGAGUCAGCUCUCUCUGCAUCUGGAGGAACACCGGCAGGAACUCAGUGGAACGAAGUCGCACACCUGCAAGACCUGCAGCAAAGAGUUCUCGUCGCAAAACCAGCUGAAAGAACAUUUGAGAAGCCAUGCCAAGAUCAGGCCUAUUAUAACAAGUUCAAGGAACUAUAAGAACAUUGAUCGGAGAGGAUUCAAGAACAUUUGCCACCACUGCGGGAAGACGUUUAAGAAACCCAGUCAGCUUGUGCGACAUAUACGCAUUCACACAGGAGAGAGGCCAUAUAAAUGCACUCACUGUGGAAAGGCCUUCAACCAGAAGGUGGUGCUGCAGACACACAUGGUGCGACACACCGGAGAGAAGCCUCACAUGUGUCUGCUCUGUCCUGCCUCUUUCUCACAGAAAGGAAACCUGCAUUCGCACGUUCAGAGAGUUCACUCUCAGGCGGCUGGUGCUCCACUCUUCCCCUGUAUGGACUGUAGCUGCGUCUAUAAAAAGCUUGGCAGCCUCAAUGCUCACAUCAGCAAAAUGCACAUAUCAGUAAUGGAAGUUGAGGAGCCAACAACACAGAAGGGAAAUGCAAGGGUUGAUCAGGGUACAGUGGGCUCGGAAGGGGCGGAGGGUGUGACAGAUGUGAUCCAACAGCUGCUGGAGCUGUCUGACCAUGUGACUGCAGACAGCACUCAGGCUCCUCCCCCUGGGCAAGCCAUAGGCACGGCCAUCAACCAGGACAUCCUACAGCAAGCUCUGGAGAACAGCGGACUGACUGAGAUUCCAGUUCAGCCUGAAGCUCAGAGCGGCUCAGAGAAGCUUCAGACGGACACAGUCGCCCCGGCUUCGGCAGGCGAUGGACCGGCGCCCUCCAAAAUACUCAUGACCGACACCGUUGUCAAAAAGGAGAAAAGAAGCAUUAUCAAAAAGCCUCCACAGAUGCUAGGCACCAUCAGGCAGGAGAAUGGGGUGAGGUGGCACGGCUGCCCCUACUGCUCCAAAGAGUUCAAGAAGCCCAGCGAUCUGGUGCGGCACAUCCGCAUUCACACUCACGAGAAACCCUACAAGUGCAAGCAGUGCUUCCGUGCCUUUGCGGUCAAGAGCACCCUGACCGCCCACAUGAAGAUCCACACCGGCAUUAAAGCCUUCGAGUGUCCGUACUGCAUGAAGUGCUUCUCCACGUCUGGGAGCAUGAAGGUCCAUCAGCGUCUGCACACCGGUGUUCGGCCGUUCCCUUGUCCUCACUGUGAGAAGUUCUUCCGUACAUCCGGCCACAGGAAAACUCACAUCACCUCUCACUUCAAGAGUAUCCACCAUAAAAAACACAAGUUCCCCCGAAAACCUCACAAAACCCGAGUGUCCCGGAGCAAUCUGCCUUUGCCUGACAUACCUCUCCAAGAGCCCAUACUCAUCACAGACAUGGGACUCCUGCAGAACCAGAGCUCACGGGCCGCCCUGCAGCAGUAUCUGGACAUCGUGGAGAAUGAGCGUCCCUAUAAGUGUGGAUUCUGCAGCAAAGCCUACAAGAAGUCAAGUCACCUUAAGCAGCACAUCAGGUCACACACAGGCGAGCGGCCGUAUAAGUGCCUGCAGUGCAGUAAGGGAUUCGCUUCGUCCGGCGUGCUGAAAGCUCAUAUCCGCACACACUCUGGCCUCAAAGCCUUCAAGUGCCUGCUGUGUGACACCACCUUCACCACCAGCGGCAGCCUGCGACGCCACAUGACCACCCACAGCGACAUACGGCCCUACAUGUGUCCUUACUGCCAGAAAACCUUCAAAUCCUCCCCCAACUGCAGGAAGCACAUGAAAACACACAGGUAUGAGCUGGCCCAACAGCUGCAGCAGCAGCAGAGCUCAGAUGACAUGCAGCCGCCCGCAGCUGUGGUGGGCACAGGGACCCAGAGCAUGCUGGAGGUGGUGGGAGACGGCCAGCAGGUGGCGCUGCCCACUGCACUUGGUGAAGAUGCCCUGCAGGAAUCAGAAUCGUAUGUGAAUGCGCAGCACGCUCUACCAGAACACAUGAGCCAGUUUGAGACACCAGCGCUGCCUCAACCGACCUUUGAACAGCCAGCUAUGACACAAGGUUUCACUAUAGCUGAGGGAUUUACCCAGCCGGCACAUUUCUCUACAGUACAGCAGCUUCAGGACUCAAGCACACUGGAGUCGCAAGCCUUGACCACCAGCUACCACCCUCCCAACCUACUGAACGUAACACACACUGAGACGAGUGGUUUAUUGCAGGAGGCGAGUCAAGGAGAGCUGCAGCUGUCUAUCCAGACACAAGACUUCCAGGAUGAGGAUGAAAUCAACAAGAGAGUUUAUCAGUGCAAUAUGUGUGAAAAGAGCUUUAAGAAGUCCAGUCAUCUGAAGCAGCAUGUGCGCUCUCACACCGGAGAGAAACCGUAUCGCUGUAACCUCUGCGGGCGGAGCUUCGUGUCCGCUGGCGUGCUCAAAUCACACCUGAACACUCACACAGGAGUGAAGGCUUAUAAAUGUAACGUCUGUGAUGCCUGUUUCACCACUAACGGCAGUCUGAACCGACACAUGAUCAUCCACCUGAACACAAAGCCCUUCAAGUGCACCGUGUGUGAGGAAAGCUUCCGCACCGUCAUCCUGCGCAGGAAACACAUGAAGCUCCAGCAUGCUGUCGGACCCAAAGUUCUGGAAAGUGAUGAGGCUGGCGAGGAGGAGGACGGGUCGGAUCGCUCUGGGCUGAAGAGGAACCGCGGCGGCAUCAUCACGUUAACUGAAGAGCAGACGGCGGAGCUGGCCAAGAGAGACCCGGGGGAUGAGGCGUCUCUGUCGGAGAAGGUUCUGGCCCAGACGGCUGCUGAACGAGAUCGGAUCAGUGAAGUUAAAGAUAAAUGUGUUGAGCUCAACAUAGAGCCAAAGUUCGCAAACCGUUGCCAGUACUGCCCAAAGAGCUUCAAGAAGCCCAGCGACCUGGUGAGACACAUCCGGAUACACACAGGCGAGAAGCCGUACAAGUGUGAUGAGUGUGGGAAGAGUUUCACAGUCAAAUCCACACUGGACUGCCAUGUUAAGACACACUCAGGGCAGAAGCUGUUCAGCUGUCACAUGUGCAACACGUCCUUCUCCACCAAGGGCAGUCUGAAGGUCCACAUGCGCUUACACACAGGCUCCAAACCCUUCAAGUGCCCCUUCUGCGAUCUUCGCUUCCGCACCUCUGGCCACCGCAAGACGCACAUCCAGGGUCACAUCCGGCCCACGGACCGCAAGGCCAAGCGCAGCUCCGGCGCCGAGCCACAGAGACAGGAGGUCCAAAGCGUUCCUCAGGCUCAGCAUCCCUCCUCCGCUGUGGACGCUCAGCCUUCUGUGGGAUUAUUACAGACUGCCAACACAGAUCCCAACAUCUACAUCCCAGGAAACUCAGUGCUCACGGGCCAGUACGACCCCAGUCUGCUGCAGCAAGGGCUGGUCGGGCAAGCGAUACUGCCUGCUACUGUGUCAGCGGGUGGAGAUCUGACGGUCUCCUUGUCGGAGGGUCUCGCCACACUUGAAGGAAUCCACCUGGUGUGUCCAAAUGUGCAGAUCUCUGGGAUUGACCCCAGCAACAUCAACAACAUCACUCUGCAGAUCGACCCCAGUAUUUUGCAGCAGACGCUGCAGCAGGGCAGUUUGCUGUCUCACUCUCUGACGACUGACUCGGGUCUGACGGCACACGCGACGGCUCACCUCAUGACCGAUGGAGACGCUUCGGUUCCUGCGAAUGUGGUCAUUCACCCUCUGACUGGCCUCUCUCUGCAGCCUCCGCCGUCAGCCAUCAGCAGCCUGACCAACCAGCAGGAGAACGCCGGUUCUCAGGAGCUGUCACAAGUGUCCAGCGCUGGCAGCAGUGCUCCAGAAAUCACUCUGACCAUCAACAACUCCAGUCUGACACAAGCUUUAGCACAGAGCAGUGCUGCUGCGUCCACUGCUGCCGCCAGCACAUCCGAGAUCACGCUCACUAUAGCAGGUCAGGAUCUUUUACCCCAUCACUGUCCAUCCUCGACUCCAAACAUCAACCCCGGGAUCAGACUGGCUCCAGGCAGCAGCAGUUUGACGUUAAGCAGCGAGCAGCUCCUUCCUCAGAGUCCUCCUCCCUCGGCCAUGACCGUCAGUGCACUGGCCCCCAGCACCUCCCUGUCCCACACAAGCAUGACAGCGCAGAGCCUGGUGAUGUCAUCAGCGGGCAUGGCCAGCGAUGGCAGCGUGACUCUGACUCUGGCUGACACGCAGAUCCUGGACACGGUCUCUCUCAACCUCAACACACAGAUGAUAGAUCACCAGACAGAGGAGAAGGAAGCGGAGACGAAGCAGAAGCACCAGUGUUAUUACUGCAGUCAGAUGCUGCUGACGGCAAACGCUCUCAGGAGACACUGCCGACAGGAGCACGGGAAGGAGCGCUGCCACGUCUGCCGCGUCUGCAGUAAAGCCUUCAAACGCGCCACACACCUCAAGGAGCACGAGUACGUCCAUAAGAAGGGACCCAAAGUCAGCUCUCAGAAACCCAAAGUGUUCAAAUGUGCCAGCUGUGACAAAGCCUUCGCCAAACCCAGUCAGUUAGAGAGACACAAUCGCACACACACGGGUGAGCGGCCCUUCAAGUGUCCGCUGUGUGACAAAGCGUUCAAUCAGAAGAGCGCUCUGCAGGUGCACCGAGUCAAACACACGGGCGAGAAGCCCUACAGAUGCGAAGUGUGCACUAUUAGCUUCACUCAAAAGAGCAACAUGAAGCUGCACAUGAAGAGAUCUCACGGUUAUCUGCCGUCCUGCAGCAAACUGAUGGCGAAACCACAGGAAGUAGAAGUGGUGCUGGAACACGACUCUGAGUCGGACUCCCAGCAAGCGGCGUCCCAGGAGGGCAAAGAGACUCAGUCAGGGCUGGAUCUGGAGGAGGGGGUGCAGGAGUCUUCAGAAGGCUGGCAGUGCCCCAUCCCAACAGUCUUCCCAUGAGCACACAUUCAGAUCCACCGGACCGGACAUUAGCAAUGCCAAUUACUGCGAUCUUUUUACUCCUGCCAGCGAGUGUGACUUACACUGAUACAAAUCAUGCAUUUAUGUGAAUGUACAUGAUUUCGUUUACUUCAUGCUGCAUUAGAAAACUUUCAGACUUACUGAUUUUUUUACAGUUAUUUUAUGUUAGAGCCAUUUUUGUCUCUACUAAAGUAAAGAUUGUAAUUGUGUAUUUGAAUGCAUCUAGUUUUCAUUUGUAUCCUCAUCUGUGGUGAAACUACAGCAGGACUUUCUGCCAUUGUCAGUAUGUCAAAGACUGUAUAUAUACUAGAGCUGCUUAUUUGAGUCCCACAAUCCCUGAUAUAUCAGAUACAUCAGUUCAAUGGGAGUUUUGGCAAACGUUUUUUGUAAUAUGCAAAAAUAUUUAAGAAUAAAUUUAGGUUUUUUGUUUGUUUUUUUCAAA